GCUGCAAGCGGACGGGCGUUGUUUUGUUUAUGUUCCUUUACUUUUCUCUUUACAAAAUUUCGAAAAUACACUUAAAACCUAAGUACUUACAAGAAAAAAGGCACGAACUCCGUUGCUGUGAGUCAUUCCACUUUCUAAACAGUAAACAAGAAAAAGGGCCCCAAAAUGCCUCCAGUAGAAGUAGAAACCCAAUCUGUGGAAGAGCAAAUCAGGAACCUUGUUCUUUCUGGACAUGUAGGGUUUGAUAGUUUACCUGAUCAGUUGGUGUCCAAAAGUGUUCAGAAUGGAUUUAUAUUCAAUAUUAUGUGCAUUGGUGAAACUGGUUUGGGUAAAUCCACCCUAAUGGACUCUCUAUUCAACACAAAUUUUGAAUCCAACCAAAGCCCCCAUACUUUGCCCACUGUUAAGCUUAACGGACACACUUACGAGCUUCAGGAAAGCAACGUUAGACUUAAACUAACAAUUGUCGACACUGUCGGUUACGGUGACCAAAUCAACAAAGACGACAGCUUCAAAGCCAUCGUUAAAUACAUCGACGAUCAAUUUGAGAAUUAUCUUCAAGAAGAAUUGAAAAUAAAAAGAUCUCUGUCCUCAUUCCAUGAUUCAAGAAUUCACGCUUGUCUUUAUUUUAUUUGUCCCACGGGGCACGGCCUGAAAUCCAUCGAUUUGGUUUGCAUGAAAAAGCUGGACCAAAAAGUCAACAUCAUUCCGAUUAUUGCCAAGGCUGACACUAUUUCGAAAACCGAAUUGCAAAAAUUCAAAUCUAAGAUAAUGGCCGAAUUGCAAAACAAUGGAGUGCAUAUUUACGAGUUUCCUGUUGACGACGAGUCAGUUUCUGAGAUAAACGGUUCGAUGAAUUCGCAUAUUCCUUUUGCUGUUAUUGGUAGUACUGAUUUUGUAAAAGUAGGAAGCAAGCUUGUUAGAGCCAGGCAAUAUCCAUGGGGCACUGUUCAAGUAGAAAACGAGACUCAUUGCGAUUUUGUGAAACUUAGAGAAAUGCUCAUUAGAACCAAUAUGGAAGAUAUGCGUGAAAAGACUCACAAUAAGCACUAUGAGCUUUACAGGAAAAAACGCCUGGAACAAAUGGGCUUUUCCGAUGUCGACGCUAAUAAUAAACCAAUCAGCUUCCAAGAAACUUUCGAAGUGAAACGUUCCAAUCACGUGCAAGAAUUGCAACAAAAAGAAGACGAAAUGAGGCAGAUGUUUGUUGUUAGAGUAAAAGAGAAGGAGGCUGAAUUGAAGGAAGCAGAAAAAGAUUUGCACGCUAAAUUUGACAAAUUGAAAAAGGAUCACACGGACGAAAAGAAGAAAAUCGAAGAGUCGCGGAAAAAAUUGGAAGACGAAAUUGUGGAGUUUAACAGAAGAAAGGCGCAGUACCAGCAGAUGGGUUCUAGCAGUCAUCACACCUUGACUCUUGGAAAAAAAGUCAUGCAUAAGUUUAUGUAAAGACACACACAUGUCGGCUAGACACUUUGAACAUCUAAUUUAUAAGGUAAAUAAGGACUUAGCUAUAUAUAGUAUAAUGUUUUUUAUAUGAGGAAUUAUAUAUUUUUUUUUAAUUGUUAAUGGCAGCUACUUGGGUUGUUAUAGGUUUAAAGCUUUCAUUUGAUUUUGUAUUGAGUGUUCAUCUGAAAAUUAAUCCAGCCAAUUUUAUGGCGUUAUUCUUUGAAAAAUAAUACAUAUGUAGGGGAGGUCAAGGUUUCGUAGUUAUGAUUGGAUAUUGGUUCAUCAAGAUAGAAGAGAUUAGAAAAUUUUGGGAGAGGUUUUUCUAGCAAUGGAAAUAAUAAACUUAUAAUGAUAUUGAGAUAGAGAGGUGUUCAAAUCUCAAGAAUACUCUUCUUUUGGAACAUUUCUCAAAAACUCGUCUCGUGGAAACAAAAAUCAAAUUUCAAAUUUGUUCAAGCUAUUUCCAGGGUGGGUUGCUUUCAAAUGAACACAAACAUUCAUAAGACUUGUAGAAAUCUAGUUUAGUUUCAUACUUACUUUAGUACAAAAUACAAUAUCACCGAUUUAUUAUAUUACUUAUUUAUUAUUUUUUUUAAUUUUAUUAUUAAAAUCCCUAUAAAUCUUUUAGGUGUGCCUCUUUUUGUCCUUGUAAAAUAAAUACAAACAUUUGUAUCCAACAAAUUUUUAAUCGUAGAAAAAUAUUUACAAAAAACUUAUACAAGAAAAAGUGUUCUCGAGUACAAACUACACACUAAAAGUGUAACAUAAUUUAACUAAAAUCUAUUAAACAAAAUAAAAAUUAAAAAUCUCUCAUUAAUAUUACGUAAUUAUUACUAGAAAAAUUUGCACUAUACGGUUUCGAAUUGGGUAUUGUUAGUUAUUAAUUAUUGCUGAAGCCCUCAAAAUGGUAAUCGAAUACUCUUGAAGGCACAAUUUUUAUUGAGCAGCUGAUUGUUCCUGUAUAAUUUAUUCUUAAAAAUUUAACCAAACUGAAAUUGUAUUAUAGUUUAUUAAUAAUUAUUACUACACCAUUAUGAAAAUAGUAAAUUUUAAGUUAAAGACUAUUGGUCUAAUUUCAAGUUAAGUUAAUAAAAAUACCUUAUUUUAAGUAGCUACAAUUUGGCAAACAAUUUAGCCUCUUAAAUAAUAUCAGUACGUGUCUUUAGGCCUAAUAAGUUCUAACAUAAGGAUAUGUUAUUUAUUGGAAAACUAUGGAUUCAAAAAAUUCCAUUAAAUAAUUUGGCAAGAAGUCGUUGUAAUGGGGAAGUAAGUAUACCUAAUGUGAUUACAGUUUCUGUUGCUAAUGUGAAAAGUGCCUAAAAUGUAAUAAUAAUGCAGACUUGUGAGUGAUUUUUGUGAUUCAAGGAAUAACUUUCAUAGAAACUUAAACCUUGAUACUUUCCCCUAUUAAAGCUCAGUUCCUAUAUAAAUAAUAUAUAGCAAAAAGUUUUCGUGAAUAGCAGUUAUGUUGUCUCGAAGCAAUAAAGCUGAGUGCUGUUUAGCGCGUGACCCCAGCGACCCUGUACUUUGCCCUGAUGUGCAGAAAUUUCGGUGCAUCGUUCGAGUCCCGGUCCGGACUUUCCCGAGUGACGAUUUUCACCUGGCAAGGAUCGUGACGCAACAGGAAAUGGUCCAGGGUAUCCCAUCCUCCUCCCACUCUUACCAUCAUGUGUCUGCCU